AUGUAAAUAGAGAAUUUUAUCAAUUAGACUGAAGGACUGACAAAAUAUUCAAUAAGUUUAAAUUGGUCUGCAGAAAUUAGUUGGAAUAACUUGAACUCAGAUCCUGCCUUUGGAAUAGUGAUCAACUAAAAAAUAAAAUGGUUCCACGCUAAGCCCAAAAUAAUUGAAACCCUGAGAGCUGCACUUAAAAAACGCAUUACUUCUACUGAUUUUUAAGUAUUUUAUAAUCUAGGGUCACACAUAUCUAAAGGGCAAAAUAGUUAUUGCUAUGAAUUCAUUUCAAAUAGUGAUUAUUAAUUGAAUUAUGUUGCUAAACUUAUAAAACGAGAACAAAUUAGAGACAUAAACUAAUUGUACAAUGAACUAAACAUACUUAAAAUAUUGAAUCAUUAAGGACUUCCCAAAUUUGUUGAAUUCUUUAGAACAGAUAACACUUAUUAUAUUGUAAUGGAAAAAAUAGAGGGAUAAAAAUUGAGUAGAUUGAAUUCAACAAAAAAAUAAUAAUUAAGCUUAAUUUAAAUAUAGUCAAUUAUCAUCCAGUGCUUAAAGAUUUUAUAAUACCUAGAAUAAAUAUAAGUAAUCCAUAGAGACAUUCAGCCAGACAACAUUAUCUAUCAUCAAAAUAUGCAAACUUCAUCAGUGAAAUUAAUUGACUUCGCCAAAGCUUCCAUUUCUGGAACUGAUCAAAAAAUAUUAGGUACUCCUGGAUUCAUAGCUCCUGAAAUUUUAAGGGAAAACAAAUAUUCUACAGAAUCAGACAUGUUCUCAUUGGGUUGUGUAUUUUAUAAAUUGUAAAUUAGUUAGUUUAAUAAUUUUAGAUUGGUUAAAUAGGAUUUAUUUUAAGGAAUCAGUAGAGAUGAUACUUUGAAAGAAAACCAAAAGUGCUUAUUCAAUCUAAGAAAUCUAUAAUUAAUACGAAUUCCAUAAAGUGCUUAACAUUUACUUUCUUAAAUGUUGUAAAUAGAUCCUAAAUAAAGAAUAAAGCCAAUCGAAGCAUUAAAUCAUCAUUUCUUCAAAGAACCUAUAGAAAAUCUUUCAUCUCCUAAGAUGAGCACAAGAAAUUUACCAUUAAAACAAUCUAUUCAUAACUUGGAUUCCAUUUUGACAAACCCUUCAUAAAAUUAAUUGAAUUUGCUAGAUUAAUAAAUCCUAAUUGAUUACUUUUAAAAUGAACUACCUCCAAUCAACUCAGUCCCAGUUAUGAAAUAAGUCAAAGGAGGAUACCGUUUUACUCCUCAAGCUGAAACUGAUAUAAUCAAAAACUGUGAAGCUACUUCUACUUCAAAGAAAAGCCAAACUGAAAAUAUAUCAAAUUGA